AUGUAUUGUGUUUUACCAUUGAAACAUAUUCUGAUUAUUCUCUUGUCAGGUGUCAGUGGAGACACUUGUUCUCUGUACAGCAGAGUGGGAGAUACUGUAAGUCUGUCAUGUACCAAUGUGGUUUAUCCAAACUGCUCCUCAACUACAUGGACCUAUCACAGAACUGGAUUACAGAGUGCUUUUGAAGAGGUUGGACAUGGGAAGAUUAAAACUUACUCAGAGAGAGCAGACAGACUGAAAGUGGGGUCUGACUGUUCUCUACAUGUUAGUGAUGUCAGAGCUGAGGAUGCUGGAAAGUACACCUGUCAACAAUACCUUAGUAAUGGAUCACCAUAUGGAAAUGAUGCUCCUGUUCAUCUGUCUGUUCUAACCAACUCCUGGUCCACACCAGUAACAGAUGUAAAGCCUGAUAGACCUGUAAUAUUAAGGUGCUUUCUGUACACAUCUGAAGGACCUGGGAUAUGUUCCCGUGAUGUUACAGAACAUGUUAGUCUCCUCUGGGUGGAUGAGGCAGGUAAUAAGCUGGAAAAUGACUCCAGACACCAGGUCACACAAACAUUUGACUGUGACAUCACUCUGACUGUUACACUCCAGAAGGAGGACAACAACAGGAAGUGGACAUGUCAGCUGAAUAUAAAUGAAAAGAAGAAUAUCUCAUUUGAUUUCACCUUCAUGGUCCCAGGAUAUACAGCCUCUACUGCAGGGCCAAUCAUGUCAGGCAGCAUCCCAUCUCAUAUAGGACAUACAGCCUUUACUGCAGGGCCAAGCAUUUCAGUCACCUCCACAUCUUCUACUGGUACCAGUUAUACUGAGUUGCCCAUCUAUCGCAUCAUGCUGUUUGUGGCACUGACCAUCAUGGCUUCCAUAAUAACUAUUUACAUAAUGAGGAAAAGCCCACCCAAGCCUCUGAGGACACGAGCAGAAGACAUCUCUGGUAUUGAUCAUCAGGUCCAGGAGGGAUGA